AUGAAGAUGGAAGAGAAAGUCCAAGCCAUAGGCCCUCCCCAGUAUGCAGACCAGCAAUCCCAGUAUGAGGAUCAGCAGUCCCAGUACUAUGACCAGCAGUCUCAGUAUGAUCAGCAGCAAUCAAAUUAUGAUGAUUAUCAGUCUUUGCAGCAGACAAAUGAAGCUACAUCACCUACUUCACAAUUAGCCUGGGUACAAAACCUAGUCUAUCCUGGUGCAGCGCCUGGAAACCCUGUUCACAAUAAGCAAGUGUGCAGCACAUGGGGUAAUUUCCACUUCAAGACCUUUGAUGGAGACAUCUAUUACUUCCCUGGGCAAUGCAAUUAUGUAUUUGCAUCGCACUGCAAAGCUGCCUAUGAAGACUUCAAUAUCCAGAUAAGACGCUCUGUAGUUCAGAAUGCUACCCUUAUUAGUGAUGUCACCAUGAAACUUGGUGGAAUGGACAUUGAACUGACUCAAAGCUCCAUUAUUGUCAAUGGAGACCGAGUUCAGCUGCCUUAUAGCCACUCAGGAAUCCUGAUUGAGAGAAGCACCGUUUACUUGAAAAUCACUGCCAAAUUAGGCCUUCUGCUAAUGUGGAAUGAAGAAGAUGGCCUUCUGUUGGAGCUGAAUGAGAAAUAUGCUAAUCAGACCUGUGGACUUUGUGGGGACUUCAAUGGAAUCACAACAUACAAUGAAUUUGUUUCAAACAAUAUCAUGCUGACUCCUGUGCAGUUUGGAAAUAUGCAAAAGAUGGAUGGACCCACAGAACAAUGCCAAGAUCCUGCCCCUACAGCCGCAAGCAACUGCAGCCAUGAGUUUAGUACUAUCUGCCAGACUGUAUUGACCAGUGAAGCAUUCACGGCCUGCAAUGCACUGGUUGAGGUACAAGAUUACAUUGAUGCAUGCAUACAAGAUUUGUGCCAGUGUGACAAGUCUAUGACUGAAUUCUGCAUUUGUAAUACCUUUGCUGAAUACUCCCGGCAAUGUUCCCAUGCUGGUGGUCAACCGCUUGAGUGGAGAUCUGCAGAUCUAUGUGGCAAGCCAUGUCCUUACAACAUGCAGCACCAGGAAUGUGGAUCUGCCUGCGCUGAUACUUGCACCAAUCCUGAAAGGUCCCAACUCUGUGAAGAGCACUGUACAGAUGGCUGCUUCUGUCCCCCAGGCACGGUGUUUGAUGACAUUAACAACUCCGGGUGCAUUCCCAUUAAGGACUGUCACUGUACUUACAAUGGGGACACCUAUUCUCCUGGAGCUUCUUUUGCAUCCCAGUGCACUUCAUGUACCUGCACUGGAGGCCAGUGGACUUGUGUCAGCCUUUCAUGCCCUGGAAUGUGCUCUAUUGAAGGAGGCUCCCACAUCUCAACAUUCGAUGAGAAACAAUAUUCUUUCUUUGGUGAUUGUAGCUAUGUCUUGACAAAGCUCUGUGACAGUAGUGCCUUCACUGUCCUGGGAGAAAUCCGAAAGUGUGGCCUGACAGACACUGAGACCUGCUUGAAAGGCAUAGCCAUCAGCAUUGGUGGAGGACAGACAGUAAUUGUGAUCAAAUCUACUGGGGUUGUCUAUGUGAAUAUGAUCCUCACCCAGUUGCCGGUCUCAGCGGCUAAUAUCACCAUGUUCAGGCCUUCAUCAUUCUUCAUCAUUGUACAAACAAAUUUUGGCCUCCAGUUAGAGGUCCAGCUUGUACCUAUCAUGCAGCUCUUUGUACGCUUGGAUCCAACCCACAAAGAAAAGACAUGUGGACUCUGUGGAAACUUCAACAGUGUCCAGGCAGAUGAUUUCAAAGCCAUCAGUGGGGUAGUAGAAGGAACUUCAGCUGCUUUUGCUAAUACCUGGAAAACACAGGCUGAUUGCCCUAACAUCAAAAACAUAUUUGAAAAUCCUUGUACUCUCAGCAUAGAAAAUGAAAAAUAUGCUCAACACUGGUGCGGACUGCUGACAGAUAGCAAUGGACCUUUUCAGAAAUGCCACUCUGUAGUAAAUCCAGCUGUUUACCACACGAACUGCAUGUUUGACACCUGUAACUGUGAAAAGAGUGAGGAUUGUAUGUGUGCUGCCCUCUCCUCUUAUGUCAGAGCCUGUACUGCCAAAGGAGUCCUGUUGAGUGGAUGGAGAACCAGUAUCUGCACAAAAUACCAAAUCUGUCCCAAAACCCUGGCUUACCGUUAUAACAUUGAUUCCUGCCAACCCACCUGCCGAUCUCUGAGUGAGCCAGAUGUCACCUGCAACAUUCAGUUUACUGCUGUGGAUGGCUGCACAUGUGAAGAAGGGACAUACAUGGAUGACACUGGCAAAUGUGUCCCUGCUAUUAGCUGUCCUUGUUAUUACAAAGGGUCUCCGGUACCAUCUGGAGAGGUUGUUCAUGAAAAUGGCAUGAUGUGCACUUGUACACAAGGAAAGCUUCAGUGCAUUGGAGUGAAACCACAACCAGUGUGUGAUGCUCCCAUGAUUUACUUUGAUUGUGCCAAUAACACAAUAGGCAGCACUGGUGCUGAGUGUCAGAAGAGCUGUCAGACACUCGAUAUGGGAUGUUACAAUACAGAGUGCCUCUCAGGUUGUGUAUGUCCUAAUGAACUGGUAUCUGAUGGCAAAGGUGGAUGUGUAGCUGCUGAAGAAUGUCCUUGCGUUCACAAUGAGGCCACAUUCAAUCCAGGGGAAACCAUUAAGGUGAAAUGUAACACUUGUACUUGUAAGAACAGAAGGUGGGAAUGCUCCAAUGAACCCUGCCUGGCAACCUGCUCUGUUUAUGGAGAUGGUCAUUAUAUCAGCUUUGAUGGCAAACGCUACAGCUUCAGUGGAGACUGUGAAUACACGCUCGUCCAGGAUCACUGUAAUAAAAAUAGCACAAGUGCAGGAUCUUUCAGAGUUAUCACUGAGAAUAUUCCCUGUGGCACCACCGGGACUACAUGUUCAAAGGCCAUUAAAGUCUUCAUGGGAAACUAUGAGCUGAUACUCACUGAUGGAAAAUUUGAAGUGAUACAGAGAGUCCCUGGAGGUGAAGCACCAUACAAGGUCCGAUACAUGGGCAUCUACAUGGUGAUUGACACCACCGCUGGACUAGUGUUGCUGUGGGAUAAGAAAACCAGCAUCUUCAUCAAACUGAGCCCAGAAUUUAAGGGUCAGGUAUGCGGUCUCUGUGGAAACUAUGAUGGCAAUGACAUUAAUGACUUCACCACCAGAAGCCAGUCUGUGGUUGGAGAUGUGCUGGAAUUUGGUAACAGCUGGAAGGUGUCUCCCACUUGCCCAGAUGCCAAAAACAACAGGGAUCCUUGUACUGCAAACCCAUAUAGGAAUUCUUGGGCUCAGAAACAAUGUAGCAUCAUUAACAGCCAAGUGUUUGCUACCUGCCACUCUCAGGUUGAACCAACUAAAUAUUAUGAAGCCUGUGUAUCCGAUGCCUGUGCUUGUGAUACUGGGGGAGAUUGUGAAUGUUUCUGUACAGCUGUAGCUGCCUAUGCUCAGGCAUGCAAUGAAGUUGGAGUGUGUGUAUCCUGGAGAACUCCAUCCAUCUGCCCUCUAUUCUGUGAUUACUACAAUCCACAAGGGGAGUGUGAGUGGCACUAUAAGCCAUGUGGAUCUCCUUGUAUGAAGACCUGCAGAAAUCCAGAUGGAAGAUGCCUACAUGAGUUACAAGGCUUGGAAGGCUGCUAUCCAAAGUGUCCAGAAAAUAAGCCCUAUUUUGAUGAAGAUGAUAUGGAGUGUGUUGAUGACUGUCACAUCUGCUUUGAUGACAAAGGAAAAUAUUAUAAGCCAGGAGAGAAAAUCCCUUCAGAACAGAACUGUAAAUCAUGUAUAUGCACAAUGGAAGGAAGAAUUGAGUGUGGAUAUGAUCUGAACGAAUGCUACUGCAUCUAUGAAGGGAAGAAAUUCAAACCUGGAGAUGUUGUGUAUGACACAACAGAUGGCAUUGGAGGGUGCAUCAAUGCAACUUGCAGUCACAAUGGAACAAUAGAAAGGAAUAUCUUUGUAUGUCCAGCAAGCACAACAACACCUACUACUACAUUUGUGUUUAGUACAACUUCACCAGCAACCACUACCACAGUGCCAAUAUCUACAUCCCUUUGUGUUCAAGAAAUAUGCCACUGGUCACAAUGGUAUGAUGUGAGUAAGCCUGGUUCUGGAAGCGACGAUGGAGAUUUCGACACUUUUGAUAAUCUAAGGAUUGAGGGUUAUAAAGUUUGCAAAGCUCCAAAGGCUGUUGAGUGCAGAGCAGAGAAAUUCCCCAAUACUUCAUUAAGUGAACUGGGCCAAAACGUGGAAUGCAGUAAAACUGUUGGACUUAUCUGUUACAAUAAGGACCAGCAUCCAAUGAGCUGCCACAAUUAUCAAAUCAGAAUCCAAUGCUGCAGCUUUGUACCAUGCCAUGAAACUACCACAGUCUCUCUAGCUCCCACAACUACAGAAAAACCAACUACCACAUUAAGUACUACACUUACUUCCACAACUACAGUUUCAGAAAAAACUACCACCUUAAGUACAACUCCAGAGACCACUUCUUCAUCCACUAGAACAACUAUCAGCUCUACCACAGAAACCAUAUCUCCUACAACAGAAAUCACAAGCCCAACUCCUUGUACACCCAAAUGCAUAUGGACUGAAUGGUAUGAUGUACAUUUUCCCACACUGGGCAAUAAGGGGGAUUUUGAAACAUAUGAUAUUAUUAAGAGUGCAGGAAAAGAUAUCUGCCAAAAACCUGAACGUAUAGAAUGCAGGGCUGAGAAAUUCCCAGAUAAAUCAAUCAAUGAAAUUGGUCAGAUUGUCCAGUGCAACGUGUCAUUUGGCUUUGUCUGCAAAAAUGAAGAUCAGUCGGGAGAGCUGCAAAUGUGCUUUAACUAUCAAAUAAAAGUCUAUUGCUGUGAUGAUAACUGCAAGACCACAACCCCAGGAACUACAACUGUGAGCCCAACUACGGUUUCAGCAACUUCGACCCUUACUAGUACAACUUCUGAAACAACAUCAACAUCAAUAGUUACAACUAAACCAAAAACCACUACAACAAGAACCACAACUUCUCUUCCAGAAACUACAAAACUAACAACCAUUCCAGUUACAACCCCUCUAAAAACCAUUCCACAAACAAUUAUGUCUUCUACUACUGAACAUGAAACCACAACACCUUCUCCAACUAUAGUAACUCAUCCAACAACAACAGUAACAACUACUUCAACAACAACUAAAACUUUAGAAACACCAACACCUUUAACAACAGUUUCUUCAACAGGCAUAUCCUGCACUAAGGAAGUUUGUGAAUGGUCAGAAUGGUAUGAUAUAAGUUAUCCAGGACCUGCACCUAAUGAUGGUGAUUUUGAUACAUUUGAGAAUAUAAGAGCAAAAGGAUAUAAAGUCUGUAAAACACCAAAGGCUGUUGAAUGCAGAGCCGAAAGAUAUCCGAAUACACCAUUAAGUGCAUUAGAACAAACUGUUACAUGCAGUAAAACAGAAGGACUUAUAUGUUAUAACAAAGAUCAACUUCCACCAAUUUGUUACAAUUAUGAGAUAAGAAUUGAAUGCUGCAAAAGAAUAAGUGUGCCAUGCCCAACAACUAGACCACAAAUUACUACAAAACCUUUGACUACAACCCAAAAAAUCACCAUAAGACCAUCAAAAACUACGGUCCCAGAACAAAUCACAACUGCAACGACUACAGCAAAAACUAUUGUUACAAAAAUAGAAACAACUAAAACACAAGUACUACCCACAGCACAAUUAAAUGCCACAACCACUGUCACCACUAAAGCUGCACAAACAACCAGCGUGCCAACAACUACAGAGAAAACCACAACGACCACCAGUACCACCACUGAAACAACCACACCUGCCAAAACAACUAAACAUCUAGAAACUACAGCUGGAAUUACAGCUACCACAAGUACUAGUGUCGAAGAAACCACACUCACGACAACAACUAAACUUACCCCCACCACAACUCCAGAAAAAGAAACUACUAUGCCUGUUCUUAGUACUACAACCACACAGUUACCAACAUCAAGUACAACCACCACUAGUAAACCAACUACCACAAAACCAGCUACAACAGUCACCACGAUUGGUGAACCAACAACCACACCAGUACCCAAAACCACCAGCCCAGAGACAACCACAACUACCACCAGUACCACCACUGAAACAACCGCUCCUGCCACGACUACUACAAUCCCCAGUCCGAGUCCCAGAAUAAAAACCACGGGGCCCACUACUACUACUACUACUACUACUACUACUACACAGUUGCCAACAACAACCGCAAGUACACAGCAAACCACUAGUAAACCAACCUCUACAGUAACAGAACCCACCACGACAAUCACCACAAGAACUACUGCACCAACAACCACUCCAGUACCCAGAACCACCACUCCAAGGACAACUGCAACUACCACCAGUACCACCACUGAAACAACCACUCCUGCCACAACUACUACAAUCCCCAGUCCAAGUCCCACAAUAAAAACCACAGCGCCCACUACUACUACUACUACUACACAGUUGCCACCAACCACUGCAAGUACACCACAAACCAGCACUUCUGUAGUAACAUCUUGCGCUCCCAUUUGCAAGUGGACAGAGUGGUUUGAUGUCGACUUCCCGACUUCCGGGCCUAAGGGAGGAGAUAUCGAAACGUAUAACAACAUCCGGGCUGCAGGAGGCAAAAUCUGUGGGAAGCCAGCAAAUAUCCAGUGCAGAGCUGAAAAUCACCCUGGGCUGACUAUUCACCAGGUUGGUCAGAUCGUAGAGUGUGACAUCAACUAUGGAUUUGUCUGCAAGAACGAGGAUCAAAUUGGCAAAUUCAAGCUGUGUUUCAAUUAUGAGAUACGGGUGUUGUGCUGUGAAGAAAAUCUUAACUGCCCAACUCCAGUCGCCCAAACAACCACCACUAGUAAACCAACCUCUACAGUAACAGAACCCACCACGACAGUCACCACAACAACUACUGCACCAACAACCACUCCAGGUCCCCAAAUCACCACUCCAAGGACAACUGCAACUACCACCAGUACCACCAUUGAAACAACCACUCCUGCCACGACUGCUAAAAUCCCCAGCCCAAGUCCCAAAAUAAAAACCACCGUGCCUACUACUACUACUACUACUACUACUACUACACAGUUGCCACCAACCACUGCAAGUACACAGCAAACCACUAGUAAACCAACCUCAACAGGAACAGAACCCACCACGACAAUCACCACAACAACUACUGCACCAACAACCACUCCAGUCCCCCAAACCACAACUCCAAAGACAACUGCAACAACCACCAGUACCACCACUGAAACAACCACUCCUGCCACAACUACUACAAUCCCCAGUCCGAGUCCCACAAUAAAAACCACGGCGCCCACUACUACUACUACUACUACUACACAGUUGCCACCAACCACUGCAAGUACAGCACAAACCAGCACUACUGUAGUAACAACUUGCGCUCCCAUUUGCAAGUGGACGGAGUGGUUUGAUGUUGACUUCCCGACUUCUGGACCUAAGGGAGGAGAUAUUGAAACGUAUAACAACAUCCGGGCUGCAGGAGGCAAAAUCUGUGGGAAGCCAGCAAAUAUCCAGUGCAGAGCUGAAAAUCACCCUGGACUGACUAUUUACCAGGUUGGUCAGAUCGUAGAGUGCAACAUCAACUAUGGACUUGUCUGCAAGAACGAGGAUCAAAUUGGCAAAUUCAAGCUGUGUUUCAAUUAUGAGAUACGGGUGUUGUGCUGUGAAGAAAAUCUUAACUGCCCAACUCCAGUCGCCCAAACAACCACCACUAGUAAACCAACCUCUACAGUAACAGAACCCACCACGACAGUCACCACAACAACUACUGCACCAACAACUACUCCAGGCCCCCAAACCACCACUCCACAAACAACUGCAACUACCACCAGUACCACCACUGAAACAACCACUCCUGCCACGACUGCUAAAAUCCCCAGCCCAAGUCCCAAAAUAAAAACCACCGUGCCUACUACUACUACUACUACUACUACUACUACUACACAGUUGCCAACAACAACCACAAGUACACAGCAAACCACUAGUAAACCAACCUCUACAGUAACAGAACCGACCACGACAAUCACCACAACUACUGCACCAACAACCACUCCAGUCCCCCAAACCACAACUCCAAGGACAACUGCAACAACCACCAGUACCACCACUGAAACAACCACUCCUGCCACAACUACUACAAUCCCCAGUCCGAGUCCCACAAUAAAAACCACGGUGCCCACUACUACUACUACUACUACACAGUUGCCACCAACCACUGCAAGUACAGCACAAACCAGCACUACUGUAGUAACAUCUUGCGCUCCCAUUUGCAAGUGGACGGAGUGGUUUGAUGUUGACUUCCCGACUUCUGGACCUAAGGGAGGAGAUAUUGAAACGUAUAACAACAUCCGGGCUGCAGGAGGCAAAAUCUGUGGGAAGCCAGCAAAUAUCCAGUGCAGAGCUGAAAAUCACCCUGGACUGACUAUUUACCAGGUUGGUCAGAUCGUAGAGUGCAACAUCAACUAUGGACUUGUCUGCAAGAACGAGGAUCAAAUUGGCAAAUUCAAGCUGUGUUUCAAUUAUGAGAUACGGGUGUUGUGCUGUGAAGAAAAUCUUAACUGCCCAACUCCAGUCGCCCAAACAACCACCACUAGUAAACCAACCUCUACAGUAACAGAACCCACCACGACAGUCACCACAACAACUACUGCACCAACAACUACUCCAGGCCCCCAAACCACCACUCCACAAACAACUGCAACUACCACCAGUACCACCACUGAAACAACCACUCCUGCCACGACUGCUAAAAUCCCCAGCCCAAGUCCCAAAAUAAAAACCACCGUGCCUACUACUACUACUACUACUACACAGUUGCCAACAACAACCACAAGUACACAGCAAACCACUAGUAAACCAACCUCUACAGUAACAGAACCAACCACGGCAAUCACCACAACUACUGCACCAACAACCACUCCAGUACCCCAAACCACCACUCCAAGGACAACUGGAACAACCACCAGUACCACCACUGAAACAACCACUCCUGCUACGACUGCUAAAAUCCCCAGCCCAAGUCCCAAAAUAAGAACCACUGUGCCUACUACUACUACUACUACUACUACUACACAGUUGUCACCAACAACUGCAAGUACACAGCAAACCAGCACUUCUGUAGUAACAUCUUGCGCUCCCAUUUGCAAGUGGACGGAGUGGUUUGAUGUUGACUUCCCGACUUCUGGACCUAAGGGAGGAGAUAUUGAAACGUAUAACAACAUCCGGGCUGCAGGAGGCAAAAUCUGUGGGAAGCCAGCAAAUAUCCAGUGCAGAGCUGAAAAUCACCCUGGGCUGACUAUUCACCAGGUUGGUCAGAUCGUAGAGUGUGACAUCAACUAUGGAUUUGUCUGCAAGAACGAGGAUCAAAUUGGCAAAUUCAAGCUAUGUUUCAAUUAUGAGAUACGGGUGUUGUGUUGUGAAGAAAAUCUUAACUGCCCAACUCCAGUCGCCCAAAUAACCACCACUAGUAAACCAAGCUCUACUGUAACAGAACCCACCACGACAGUCACCACAACAACUACUGCACCAACAACCACUCCAGUACCCAGAACCACCACUCCAAGGACAACUGCAACUACCACCAGUACCACCAUUGAAACAACCACUCCUGCCACGACUGCUAAAAUCCCCAGCCCAAGUCCCAAAAUAAAAACCACCGUGCCUACUACUACUACUACUACUACUACUACUACACAGUUGCCAACAACAACCACAAGUACACAGCAAACCACUAGUAAACCAACCUCUACAGUAACAGAACCCACCACGACAAUCACCACAACUACUGCACCAACAACCACUCCAGUACCCCAAACCACCACUCCAAGGACAACUGCAACAACCACCAGUACCACCACUGAAACAACCACUCCUGCUACGACUGCUAAAAUCCCCAGCCCAAGUCCCAAAAUAAGAACCACUGUGCCUACUACUACUACUACUACUACUACUACUACACAGUUGCCACCAACCACUGCAAGUACACCACAAACCACCACUUCUGUAGUAACAACUUGCGCUCCCAUUUGCAAGUGGACGGAGUGGUUUGAUGUUGACUUCCCGACUUCUGGACCUAAGGGAGGCGAUAUAGAAACGUAUAACAACAUCCGGGCUGCAGGAGGCAAAAUCUGUGGGAAGCCAGCAAAUAUCCAGUGCAGAGCUGAAAAUCACCCUGGGCUGACUAUUCACCAGGUUGGUCAGAUCGUAGAGUGUGACAUCAACUAUGGAUUUGUCUGCAAGAACGAGGAUCAAAUUGGCAAAUUCAAGCUGUGUUUCAAUUAUGAGAUACGGGUGUUGUGCUGUGAAGAAAAUCUUAACUGCCCAACUCCAGUCGCCCAAACAACCACCACUAGUAAACCAAGCUCUACAGUAACAGAACCCACCACGACAGUCACCACAACAACUACUGCACCAACAACCACUCCAGUCCCCCAAACCACCACUCCACAGACAACUGCAACUACCACCAGUACUACCACUGAAACAACCACUCCUGCCACGACUGCUAAAAUCCCCAGCCCAAGUCCCAAAAUAAAAACCACCGUGCCUACUACUACUACUACUACUACUACUACUACUACUACACAGUUGCCACCAACCACUGCAAGUACACAGCAAACCAGCACUUCUGUAGUAACAUCUUGUGCUCCCAUUUGCAAGUGGACAGAGUGGUUUGAUUUUGACUUCCCGACUUCUGGACCUAAGGGAGGAGAUAUAGAAACGUAUAACAACAUCCGGGCUGCAGGAGGCAAAAUCUGCGGGAAGCCAGCAAAUAUCCAGUGCAGAGCUGAAAAUCACCCUGAGCUGACUAUUCACCAGGUUGGUCAGAUCGUAGAGUGUGACAUCAACUAUGGAUUUGUCUGCAAGAACGAGGAUCAAAUUGGCAAAUUCAAGCUGUGUUUCAAUUAUGAGAUACGGGUGUUGUGCUGUGAAGAAAAUCUUAACUGCCCAACUACAGUCACCCAAACAACCACCACUAGUAAACCAACAACUACAAUACCAAUUACCAGUACAACAAUUACUACUACUUUACCUGGUCCUACCACGAUAACAGCAGCAACUUCCUUGGGAUCAAGCACUGCUCCUUGUUUCUGCCAAAUUGGAAAAAUUCUUUACCAACCCGGUGACACAAUUUACAACACAACAGACCAUGAUGGCUGCCUUUUCUUUGCCAAGUGUAAUGCAACCUGUUUUGUUGAAAGAUCGAAAGGGCCCUGCCCAUCAUCAACAACAAAACCAACGACAACUCAUGCAAUUACUACUCCCACCACAGUUGGCACAACACCAGUAUCUGGUUGUCCUGAUGCUACACCACCCCGGAAGGUAGGAGAGCAAUGGAUAUCAAACUGCACCAUAUCAACUUGUGAGGGAAAUAACAAAAUUGUCAUAAGCCAGGUGAAGUGCCCUCCAGUGCAGAAUCUUGUCUGUGCAAAUGGAUACCCACCAGUAAAAGUCUUAAGUGAAGAUGGCUGUUGUUACCACUAUGAAUGUGAAUGUGUUUGUAGCGGUUGGGGCGAUCCUCACUAUAUCACAUUUGAUGGAACCUACUACACCUUCUUGGACAAUUGCACCUAUGUGCUGGUGCAGCAGAUCAUCCCAAGAUACGGCAACUUCAGUGUUCAUAUUGAUAAUUACUUCUGUGAUGCAGAAGAUGGACUAUCCUGUCCCAAGUCUAUUAUAAUUAACUAUAACUCUGCAAAAAUAGUGCUAACCCGUGAACUCUUCAAUGGGGUUGAGGCCAAUAAGAUUUACUUCAAUGGUGGGGUUGUCAACCCAGGUUUCCAGAAAGAUGGCAUUUCUGUCUCCAUGCUUGGCGUCAAUAUGGUGGUUGAAAUACCUGAAAUUGGAGCUACCAUUACCUUCAGUGGUUUAAUCUUCUCAAUGAAACUUCCAUAUAGCAAAUUUGGCAACAAUACCGAAGGACAAUGUGGUACAUGUACAAACAAUAAAUCAGAUGAAUGCCGCAUGCCAAGUGGCCAGAUAACUGAUUGUCCUCACAUGGCCCCCUUUUGGAGAGUUCAUGACAAGAAGCAGCACUGCCUACCACAAACAAAUGUCUCGACUACACCAACUCCACCACCACACUGUGAACCGACCUCUCUUUGCAAGAUGAUCAUGAGCGACAUCUUCUCUGAGUGCCAUAAGAUCAUACCCCCAAGACCCUUCUUCCAAGGUUGUGUCUUUGAUGCUUGCCACAUCUCCAAUAUCUCUAUGCAGUGUUCUGGCCUAGAGAUAUAUGCUUCUCUCUGUGCCUCCAGAGGCAUUUGUGUUGACUGGAGAGCGAAGACCCAGGGUUCAUGCCCAUUCAGCUGUACUGAUGGCAAAGUAUAUGAUCCAUGCGGCCCUCUCAACCCUCCCACAUGUGAUACAAGAGCUAUUCAACAUAGUGGCAAUGGUAUAACUGAAGGCUGCUUCUGUCGUAAGGGAACCCAACUCUUCAACUCCCACAGUGAUAUCUGUGUCACUGACUGUGGUUGCACAGGACCAGAUGGGCUGCCCAAAAUGCCUGGGGCAACCUGGACCAGCAACUGCCAGGAUUGUACUUGUGAGCCAUAUUCCCUUACAGUGCAGUGUACACCAAAGCCAUGUACAGCCCCUGUCCCCAUGCACUGUCAGUUUGUAGGCUUUGUACCUGUCACAGUGACCUCAGGAUGCUGUCCUUAUCAAGAAUGCAGAUGCAACACUACUUAUUGUCCCAAAUCCAUUGAGAGCUGUGCACUAGGAUAUGAAUUAAAACAGCAAAAACUACCAGGAGAUUGCUGCACUAGCUCCACUUGUGUGAAAAAACCAGGCUGUGUUUUCGGAGAGACAUUUUACAAACCUGGAGAUAUCAUUCCAAAAAGCCUCUGUGAAAAAUGCAAAUGCUCUGUCGAAGAAGAUCCAGAAAUUAAAUCACACAAGGUGAACUGUGUGCCAGAAACAUGUGACACAAAUUGCACAGCAGGCUAUGCUUACAAGGAAAAAUCUGGACAUUGUUGUGGUGAAUGCAUCCAAACAGCUUGUGUUCUGAAACUGGAACCCAGUGGUGUCCAUGUUAUCCAGCCUGGAAAGACCUGGCAUCUUCCAGGAAACAACUGUUCCUACUACCAGUGUGAUGCUGUUGAAGAUCAGUUUGUUCUUGUCACUGUCAAGAAAACUUGUUCUGAACUAUACCCACCUGACUGCCCACCUGAAUAUAUCAUAACAACUAAAGAUGGCUGCUGCAAAUCAUGUAACGCACCCGUGAUAGUACCAGACUGCAAGCCAGAUAAUAUAUCAGAAGUCAUCAGACACAAUGGCUGUGAAGCUUCUUCACCUGUACAGCUCACAUACUGUAAAGGCAGCUGUGAAAGUUCUUCCAAGUAUUCUUAUGAGAAUAACAUGAUCAAUCAUGAAUGCCAGUGCUGUAAGGAAAUCAAGACCAGCAAGAAGCAAGUGGUCCUAACAUGUCCUGAUGGCUCCACUAUCAAUUAUUCUUACAUCUCUGUGGACCAGUGCGGUUGUGUGGGCAACCCAUGUGUUCUCCCGCCUACUCCCCCCUCCCAACAGCAGGAGCAGCAGCAGGAAGAAUAG